AUGCCCCCCAUCGAUGUUUCGCGCGCCCCCCACAGCGUGGUCGCCUUCCGGGACCGGAUCACUGCCCCGCUCAAGGCGCAGAUCGAGUCUUCUCGGGAGGAAAUCGCCGAGCUCAACGCUAAAAUCCAGACGAACACGAUGUACAAGAACCUCUUCGAGGCAGAGCUGGACGAAAACGCGAAGCUGCGCACCCGCCUCACGGCGCGAUCGAACGCACAAGCCGAGACGCAGGGGCCUGCGACCUCGGACCCAGGACAUCAUUCUGCACCAGUCCCGGUCUCGGAGCCUCGCCCCGCUCCCUCCUCAGCACUUCCUCAGACCGGCUCUAAGUCAGAUAUGACUGCGCUGCUAGCGCGCCUCAAGGACUCCACCGAGAAGCACGCACACGUCUCCGCGGAGCUCGCGGACGCAAAGGAGCAGAAGCAGGCGAUGGCGGAGCGGCUGCGCGCGGCGGAGGAGCACUCGACGGCGCUCGCGAAGCGGCUGCGGCGGUCGGACAAGCAGCUGGCGCAGACGUCGGCGCAGCUCGAGGAGGCGACCGCCGCGCUCGGCACGAUCACGGCGAAGCACGCGGACGGCGGGCGCGCGCUGCUCGCGGCGACGCGCGACGCGACGGAGAAGCAGCGUGCGCUCGUCACGCACGCGAAGGAGGCCGCCGUGCUCGGCUACCGCGCGCAGGCGGCCGAGCGGGCGCGCACGGCGGCGGAGGAGGAGCGCGCGAGGCUCGCGAAGCAGGUCGCCGCGGUCGCGGGGACGGCGGUCGAGCUGCGCGCCGCGCUCCGGGACGUGCUCGUCGUGCAUAGGAAGCUGCGCACGGACCGGGAUGGGCUCGUGUGGGAGCUCGGGGUACGCAAGGAGGAGGCAGAGAAGUUGCAGGAGCGUUUGGACCUUUUCGACCCAGGUUUCCGCCCGCUCGCGUGGGCCAUCCGGGGCCCGCUCCCGGAGAUCGUGGUCACGCCAUCGGCCGACGAAAAAAGCAACCCCUUCGAAGACGAUGAGGAAGAGGACGUAUGCAUCAUCAACACGGGGAUGCUUCACCCCCCGCUGGACAUGUCCACCGGUGUCUGGUGCGUCGUCGAGGAGGAUCCCAAGGUAUCUCCGCGACAGCCGCGACAGUCACAGCAGCUCAGCGAUCUCAAAGAUCCGUUCGUGGAUCCGCAUGGUGGCCUCAACGAGUUGAACCACACAGCGCCCCAGCAACCCGCCUUCGUCGCCGAAAAGCAGCGCGCGCUCAGCAAGCACCCGCUCUCGCUCUCGUUCAACCCGAUCGAGGAGGUCGACGAAGAGGCCGAAGCCGAGGCAGAGGGGUACGCUGACGUCGACGCCGCGCUCUCCGAAGCCGAGGAGUCACCCGCAUCGCCGCCCUUGUCGCCCUCGACGUCCUCGCUCCGCUCGCGCUCCUCGACGUCUUCGAGCUCCUCCACGCGCUCCUCUGAGUCUUCUUCGCCCGUCACCCCCAUCUCCACGACGGCACCGCUGCGGUUUCGGCCGCACCGCCCCACGGCCUCACCCGUGAUCUGGGCCGCGGCGUCCCAGGGAAACCUCGACGAACCGGCGUCGGCAGCGCCCGUGUACGUCCUCCCUCCGCACCUGACGAGCAAGGUGUCGGGGUUCGAUGCGGCCGCAAAGGAGAAGCGCAAGAUGCCGUGGCCGCUCUCGCCGCCGCUGCAGACGAGCGUUGUGCGGCCCAGGCCGCUCCGUGGGGCGCCGCUGCAGCUGCAGCGUCCGGGAUCGUAUUUCUGA